CUGAAGAUAAAUUUACAAGGCUGAUAUAAUAUCUUUCAAAUUACACCAACACAAUCUUAACACAUCCAAAAAGCAAGGAAAUGGCACGAGGUAACCAACGGGAUCUUGCGCGUGAAAAGGGAAUUAAAAAAAGACAAGAUGAGAAUAAAGGAAAGCGUAACGAUGGAAUAACUGCUGCAAAGCGAAAGGAAGUUGAUGCUGAACGCAUGCGUCAGAAACAAGCGGAAGCAGAUGCGAAGAAGGGUCUCUCUGCUUCUGUCUAGAACUAUGGAGGUGUGUUUAUCACAUGUAACAUUUGAAACGUGUGAUGAAUGACUAAUUUACUCCCCUUUGAAAGUAUUAUGUUUAUUUAAACCGCAUCCUUAAUUCAGUUAA